AUGCCUCCUGAAAUAAAUAUAAAUGAUGUAUAUCAAACAUUUACAAUGACUUCUGACAAACAAAAUCAAUAUCAAAUUCGACGAAUGCUUGAAACUGAUAUUGAAACAGUAGUUGAAAUCGAGCAAAUCACAUGGCUUGAUAAAUCAUGGUCUUCUCAACAGUUUUCUGAUUGUCUGAAUCAUCCACAUUGGAAGUGUUGGAUACUUGAAAGUACUGACAAUGAUUAUUUAGUACUUGGAUAUGGUCUUCAAUACAUAUACAAUCAUGUAUCAGAUAUAGUGAAUUUAUGUGUUCAUCCUAAUCAACGUGGUCAUGGUUUAGGUGGAAUACUUUUACAUUAUAUGAUAGAUUAUUCUCGUCUAUCUGAUGCUUCAAUUAUUAAACUUAGAGUAGAUACAUCAAAUAUGCAUGCACAUAGAUUAUAUCAUAAAAAUGGUUUUCGAAUAGUUCAAUUUCUUUCUCAAUAUUAUAAAUAUGCAGAUGCUUAUGAAAUGGUACUUCAACUAUAA